CAGGCCCACCACGCUGGAAGGAUGAGAGGGGUGUAGACCGCCAUGGCCUGGAGCACGCCCUCGUUGGCCGCAUGGAGUGGGGAGUUUCCUCCAGCAAACUCCAGUGGAGGGCAAUGGGAACACUUUGCCUUGGAGAGCUUCCGCUUAUCCACAGUGGUCUUUUGCGUCGGCAUCCUCGUGUCCUUGUUUACCCUCCUCAUCCUUUGCAAGGUGCACAUCCGUGCACAUGAACAGACCCGGCCAUGCGUGAUGUUUUUGAUAUUGCUUUUGGCGAACCUGGGUGGCCUUGCGGUCAGUGGCUUCCUGGCUAGCUUCGGAAGCUAUGGCCGAGCAGCUUCCACUUUGUCAGAUCUGGCCGUGGAGAUCCGGGAUGUCCAGGAUAUGUCAGCAGCAUUGAAUAUCUCCAGUGGAUCUUUCCAACACAACCUGGACCGCUUGUACACCGAGUGCCCAAAUACAACCCAUGAGUUCUUGGGAGAUUCAGUGACAGCGAGAAAGCAAGAAGCACGAGAAGCGCAGGACACCGCGCUGGUGCUCCUGAAGCAGCUCAGCGGUAUCCCUCAGUGGCUGACGCAAAGGACCAAGGACAUCAUAUCCAUGGCAGCCUUGGUGGCACUCAGCUUUGGGACGCCAUUGGUUUUGCUUCUCAUCUCCUACCUUGCCAUUUGCAUGCUGAUUGGCGUUGCAGAAUGUGCUGGUCCCAAAUGCAUCAGGCGCUGCAGUUGCUGUCAAAUCGCUUGUGUAGCCGUCAGCUGCAUUUCUCCAACGAUCUUACUCAUCAGCAUCAUUGUGGCUCUGGAGUUGGGUUUUUCAAUGAUGUCCAGCGCUUUUUGCAAAAACCCAACCUUGGUGGUUUUGAGCUAUGCUGACGUGGCCUUUGGGCAUGGCUCCCCAACGUCGAACUUGACGAGGCAAUUUUUGGACAAGGAGUCGGCGGUGAUGGCCCUGAAGGACAUGAAGGUCAUUCAAAACCACUUCGCUUUGUGGCAAGAGUGGGUAGGUACUUAUGGCGAUGCCAUUCAGAGGAGUUGUCCCACAUGGGAUGCCUUGAAUGUCUCCCAAAAUAUUCAGAUUAUGGACGCCGGAUUAAAAACCUCGCUGUCGAUCCUGGAGCCAACCCAUUUGUAUCCAUACUACAACUAUACUGUGGACAACCUUUUGUGUGGCACUGCUAUUUCCAAAAUGACUGUCUUGAUGGUCUUCCAGUUGGCCCUCGGGCUUCUGGGUCUCCCCGUGCUCGCGUGUGCGGCCAGUUGCUUGCUGGACAGCUUGGUCGCAGAGAGGACCUGGGAGCUGCCUGAACAAAGUUACCUCUCAGAGUCCAAGCAUCAACGAGUUAUGGCACGAAACAUAGAGUUGAACAGCUUUGCCAAUCAACAGGCAAUGAUCCGACUGCCAGAGAGAUUGCAUGUUUGUUAGUGUUCCCUGCAGGCAAGGUUUCGAUCUGCUCCAGACAGAGGAGACGCAAGAAGAGCUCAAAAAUGGGGGCAGCUGGCUGCCAUGGGGUAGUUCCAGCUGAGACUCCCUGCGUCAAGUUUGAAGCAUUCAAAGGCCUUCCUUCUCACAAAGCCCGGUAUGUUCACUACCACCUGCCAGAUCUUGAAAGCAAAGGCUUCUCUGGCAGAGAUGACCCCGAAAUUGUACAAAGGUGAGCCCUGAAAGGCAAAUGCCGAAUUCAGCCACAAAGUGCUGUUUUCUCCGGGAACUCCCCAGAACUCAACCGAUUUCACACGGGUGUUCACGGACAUAUCGAAC